AUGGCGGAGUUGAAGUUGAGACGAUUAACAGAGUUAAAUGCAAGGCUGAGGGAGGAUCUGGAUAGACCACGAGUGAAGGUGUCAGAGGCUUGUCAAUCGAUGAUCAACUACACAAAAACUACUAAAGACUUUAUGGUACCAUCGACUUGGGGAUCGGUCGACAAACGUGAAGACCCAUACGCGCCUCAGCAAAGCGGACCUAACUGCUGCGUCAUCUGCUAG